UUUCUCCAUCUCCAUUGGAUGUUUAUGGAAGAGUGAGAUUAUCAUGCUCUUUAAAGAAUUAUGAUGAACCUGAAUUCUGUGAGCAGAACAAGAUCAUCUGGGUGGAUGAAACUGGAACCCAAGUGUCUACAAAAUCCCCUCUGUUUUUCUUUGGUGAAAAUUUAGAUUGUGAUUUUGUUGUGACUGUGAAACAGAGCGAAAUCAACAAAAGAUUCACCUGCCAGUUUGUUGAGAACAACAAAGUCAUGAUAGACGCUGUCUACAUUCCUACAGAAAUCAUUCCACAAACUGAAUAUCUGUAUCACAGAGUUGGAGAUGACGUCAUGUUACCUUGUAGAGCUAAAUCCUCCUUUUCAUCGUGCUCUGAUGUUAACUGGCUGUUCUGGAAAGAUGAAAGUUCACCACUUAAAAUAGAAGUUCACGAUAAAAAUGUUGUCCAGAGUUCAGUUGGAGCUUCCAGACUGAGUAUGAGCAGCGACUGCUCUCUGCUCAUCAGAAACAUCACUGAUGAUGAUGCUGGUCGAUAUGACUGUCGACUCAUGAAUGGGAUAAAGUCAGACGCCUCUGUGUUUCUUUUCAUUUUGAGCAGUGAGUAUACAUAUUAAUGAGAUGAGCUGAAUGUUUUAGAUUCCUGUUUUGUUUAAAUAACCAACUUCAAAACAGUUUUAUUGAUAUUAGUAAAUGCUGUAAAUGUCUCACAUUCAAUUUGUUAAAUAUUUAUGAUAAAUUAUGAAUGAUAGGGAUUAAGAGUAUCGUCUUAAAAUAAUGUAAUAUCUUUGUUGUUUUUUUUCUUUUUUUUUUAGUUUUUUCAAGAUCACAUUUUGGCAGAACACACAUAUUAUGUUUGUUGAAGAGAUUUUAUGACCAUUUUGAUUGUGAGGGAAAACGGAUCAUCUGGGUGGAUGAAACUGGAACUGAACUUUCUCAUUGCAACUGUGAUUCUGAUGCGAUUAUGAUACGUCAACCUGGAAACAACAAAAGAUUCACCUGCCAGUUUGUUGAGAAUAACAAAAUGACGACAGACGCUGUCUACAUUCCUACAGGAAUCAGUGGACAAACUGAACGUCUCUAUCACAGAGUUGGAGAUGACGUCAUUUUACCUUGUAGAGCUAAAUCCUCCUCUUCCUCAUGCUCUGAUGUUAACUGGCUGUAUUGGAGAGAUCCAACUACAUCAUUUAUAACAGAAAUACAUGUUGAAGAUUUUGACCAGAGUUCAGUUGGAGCUUCCAGACUGAGUGUGAGCAAUAACUGCUCUCUGAUCAUCAGAAACAUCACUGAUGAAGAUGCUGGAGAAUAUGUCUGUCGGGUUGAGAACGAGAACGAUGUCAAUGUGGUUCUCAAUACUUUGAGCAUUUCUUCAGAUCCACCAGAAGUUCAUCCAAGACCAAAUGGAGAUGUCACAUUACAGUGUUCACUGAAUAGAUAUGAUAAAAGAAUUCCCUGUAAAGAGAACAGCAUCAUCUGGAGGGAUGAGAGAGGAUCUCAUCUGACUGGUGAAGGUGUUUGGUUUGAGUUUAGAGGACAAACAAACUGUGUUUCUAUUCUGACUGUGAAACAUCAGAGUGGAAACAAUAAAACAGUCACCUGCCAGUUCAUUGAGGACAACAUGGUGAAGACAGAUGCCAUCUACGUUCUACACUUUUCAGAUCUUCCUGGUCAUAACUUCAUCCUCAUGGUUGGAUCAGUGGUGAAGGUGGUGUUGAUGUUUCUGGGUUUGGUUGCUGCUCUGAUCUACAUGUACAGGAGGAGAACCAAAGAGAAUGAAGAGCAGAGAACUAGAACAAGUACACUCACUCUUUUACUCUUCACCAUUAUCUGAUAUUUCAUGUCUCUCCCAGUUCCUGUAAAGAACUUACGUUAGUCAGAAAGAUUUGAUUUUUACUUUUGAAAUUGUGAAAAAAUUGCUUGAUCUUUUUCUCGUUUUUCUAGGAGGAACCUUCUAUGAUGAUGAUGAAGAUGUCAUGUGAAGAAGAGAUGCGGGAAACUCCUCUAAUUAAAACAAAAUGACUAUUUUUCUUUCUUUCUUUUAACCUUUUCAUUGAAUUAAUACACAUAUGUUACUUUAUCUAUUUUUUAUUUUUUUGUUCUUAUUAUUUCUUGAUUCGUUUUUUUAAAUCUCUUUUGACAUCAAAUUCAGUGAAGAAACUGUAUUUGUUGGAACUUUUUUCUAAAUCAAAAAUUAAUUAAUUAAAAACAGUAAAGUAUUUUUUUAAAAAUCAAACUAUUCCACAUAUUACCCAACAAAGCAGAAUGUGUUUGUGAUCCGCUUGUUUAUAGCAUUUAUCUUAUUUACAGAACACAAUAAAUCUUUGCUAUCAUUCAAAAUACUGUUUCCAACAUUUACAUUAUUAAAGCUUUAAUGGCAGAAUGCAAUAAACAAAUGUUUAGUGUUUGGGUAAAUACUUCAUUAGAACUUUGCAGCACUAAUAAUGUAUCUGUUUGAAAGGUUAGAAAUAGACUAAGAUCUUAGCAAACACAAUGACACGUUAAAGUUUUUCAACAUCCUCUUGUUAAUCAAGGUCUCUGGAAAACCUUUAUCAUUUGUGAGGAUUUCAUACUUUGAUCUGGUUUUCAGCGGUCACACCGGUUUCAGGUUGUUCAUGAUUCGUAACUGUCUUUAUUUCAAAUACUGAUCCUCUGUGUCUCUGGUUUUCAGUUCUUCGUGGUCAGGUCUUCUUCUUUUCAGCUUUUUGUUUCUUUAUGGGUUUCUGUCAUGUUACAUUAAAUAUUUAAGUUUCUACUAUCCAUCCAUCCAUUUUCUAAUCCUGCUGUAUCAUUUUCUGGUUUGUAGAGCUGCUGGAACCUGUUCCAUCAUUUGUCAUUUAACCUAUGACACAUAUUUUAGAUACUGCUGUUCAAUAUGUCUUAUAUAUGUUUCUUUUCAAGAAGAGCAUACAGCAUUUACACUACAGCUACAGUAUGUUGGAGUUUCUUUUUUUUAUUUUUAAUGCAAUUAUUUUUUACUUUUAAUUCAAAUAUUGGAUUUUGACCAUCCUGUUGUUGGUCCUAAAAAGAAAAAAAUAUAGUCAACUCCUACUGGAACACUUGACCUUAAACAUCUAAUGAUUUCAGCUCAUUUGCUCAGAACUCACUCUCCUUGCAAGGUUUCUAUAGCAACCUGCUCAGUCGGCACAAACCUGGGAAAUUUUGAAUUUGUCGUUUUAUUGGAGAUUGUUUUAGAGAAAACAGAGCUGGAGCAAUAUAGAUAUCUGGAUAUACAUUUUUCAGUGGCUGGUGUUUGGUUACAGAAAUAAAAAUAAAAAAAA